UGCUCGCAUUGUCGGAAGCUUUGUCACAGUCUUUGUAAAAACUCCGGCUGUGAAGAUGUCGUCCAGUUGCAAAUCGGAGCAUGACAGGAUGAAAAAAUUCAAGAAUUAUGGCAAAAACUCUCAGGACCUGAGGAGACAAAGGGCUGAAUAUUGCGUUGAAUUACGAAAAGCGAAAAAAGAUGAACAAAUCUUGAAGAGGCGCAACAUUGGCAAUUUUCAAGAUGACGAUACUUACUCAUUGCAGAAACCAGCGGGAGUUCAUGACUCUGACAUGACUACAGAAGAGAUGGUGAAGGGAAUGAAUAGCCAAGAUCCACAGCAACAGCUCCAGGCUACAUACAGAGCCAGGAAGGUUCUGUCACGAGCAUGGAAGCCUCCACUAGAUGAAAUAAUUGAAUUGGGACUGGUCGUGAAGUUUGUUGAAUUCCUUGGCCGCGAUGAUGAUGCAUCACUGCAGUUUGAGUCUGCCUGGGCACUCACUAACAUUUCAUCUGGUACAUCGCUCCAGACCAAAGCUGUGGUGGAAGCAGGUGCUAUUCCAGCGUUUGUCCAUCUCCUUGAUUCUCCCCACAUGCACAUCAGUGAGCAAGCUGUGUGGGCUUUGGGUAACAUUGCAGGUGAUGGUACCCUUUAUCGCGAUGCUGUCAUUAUGAGUUCGGCUAUCCCGUCACUUCUGGGGCUGGUGAAACCUGACCUUUCUAUUGGAUUCUUGCGCAAUAUCGCGUGGACUUUGUCGAACCUGUGCCGCAACAAAAACCCACACCCACCGCUGGAGACGGUUUGCCAGAUACUGCCCAUGCUGGUUCAGUUACUUCAUCAUCGUGAUUCUACACUGCUCUCUGAUGCUUGUUGGGCAAUGUCCUACCUCACUGACGGCCCGAACGAGCGCAUUGAAGUGGUGAUUCAGACUGGUAUUUUGCCAAGACUUGUUCAGUUGAUGGGCAGUGAUCUUCUGACUGUGUUGACCCCUGCUCUCCGUGCUAUCGGCAAUGUUGUGAGUGGGACUGACAGUCAAACGGACGCUGUCCUCGAAGCUGGAGUUCUCUCUGUUCUGCCAAAGCUCCUGAAACAUUCCAAGACCUGUAUACAGAAGGAAGCUGCCUGGGCCAUCUCCAACAUUGCUGCAGGGCAGACAAUGCAGAUUCAACAGCUGAUUACCUGUGGAAUUAUAUCUCCUCUUGUUGAACUGCUGCAAAAAGGCGACUUCAAAGCUCAGAAGGAAGCAGUUUGGGCUGUUACCAACUACACUAACGGAGGUACAGUUGAACAGGUUGUCCACCUGGUGAAGUGUGGAGUGCUGCAACCCCUCAUUAAUCUACUCGACAUCAAAGAUGCCAAAGUUACCCUUGUGAUCCUGGAUGCUCUGGGAAAUAUCUUUCUUGCUGCUGAGCAGUUGGGCGAGACAGAUAAAUUAUGUUUAAUAAUAGAGGAAUUUAAUGGCUUGGAGAAAAUUGAGGCUCUUCAGUUCCAUUCCAACAGCAUGGUGUAUCAAACCUCAUUAAAGCUAAUUGAGAAGUAUUUCUAUGACGAGGAGAACGAAGUUACAAACAAGGAGCCAGAAGAAGGAAAUGAAGAAAUGCUAUUCAAAGUCAACGAUGUUCUCGACGAUAGAUUCCAUCUUUAAAAUGUGCAGCAAAGCAGUUGGUGCAGUAACUUGUAAUUAAAAAAUGGUGUAUAUAUUGUA